AUGGACAUGGGCGAAGAAGCGGCGCCGGUCGUCAUCCUGGCAGAUUGGCUGGACCGGCUGCUGACCUUCUGGCAUGACAAUCGCUUCCUGCUGGCCUCGGGACUUGUCCUGACCGUCCUUGCCAUCAUCGUGCGGCGCAGGCGUGCCGCCGCCAGAAGCGCAUUACGCGAUUCUUCUCCCAGCCUAGAGAAAGCAGAUUGGCUCGCAGUGGAUGAUAGUUCUGCGAAAACGGCCACGAAUGAGAAGAAGAACGAGGCGACUUCCAUAUACGUUGAUCAGCUUACAUCCGGCCAGGCUCGAAAACCUCGCCCAGCAGCCGCCCGGGUCGUGACCGGACGCAAGCCGGUCAGUUCAAGAGGGCACACAUCUCCGCAGAGACAAACGAAGCCAUCUUGUCUACAGCCUUUGGUCUUCUUCUCGUCCUUGACGGGAACAACUGAACAACUGUCAGAGAGGGUUGCUGCUGAACUCGAAUCCCUCGCGACCACCCAACCCACGAUCCUUAAGCCCGAAGUGUACGAUCUCUCAUACAUCGAUCUCGACGAUUACUUCAUCUCUGGUCCCAAGAUACCCAAACCAGCCGCGAAUGUGCGAUACUUCUACCUGCUCCUCAUUCCGUCCUACGACAUCGAUACCAUCUUGAAUACCUUCCUCGCGCACCUGGAUGAAACGCACAAUGACUUCCGCAUUGACACGGCGCCGCUCGCCUCAUUGGCAGGGUAUGCAGUUUUCGGCAUCGGAGACAAAGAAGGAUGGCCGACAGAGGAGAAAGGGUUCUGCUCACAGGCCGUGGAAGUGGACAAAUGGAUGGCCAAGCUAACGGGCCGGAAAAGAGCAUACCCAUUGGGACUGGGCGACGUGAAGAGCAGCAUCGAGCAAGCGACGGAGGAAUGGACAGGUGGAGUGUGUCAUGUCCUCCAGGAACUCAGUGUUUCCGGUACAUUGGGAGAUGGUGUCCCUGGCAGCGGGGCCGCCGUUGAGAGCGACCAGGAGGACGAGCCAGAUGCCGGGCACGACAAUGACGACGACUUCCCAGACUCUGGGCGCAACAAGCGACGAAAACUGGCUAAUACCACGGACCUCGAGGACGUCGGUGGGGAGAGCGCUCCCAUGGCGAUCGACUUCACCACGUACUCCUCUUUACCCGCGCCUCUAAAAGCCAUGGUGCCGAGGGAAUCGCCCACCCACGCGGCCCUGACCAAACAAGGUUACACCAUCGUGGGCACCCACUCUGGCGUCAAGAUCUGCCGAUGGACCAAAUCCGCCCUCCGAGGCCGCGGGUCCUGCUACAAAAACUCCUUCUACGGCAUUGCUUCCCAUCUGUGCAUGGAAACCACGCCGUCCUUGUCAUGUAGCAACAAGUGCGUCUUCUGCUGGAGACAUGGCACCAACCCGGUCUCCACCACGUGGCGGUGGCAGGUCGACGACCCCGAGAUGAUCUUCAACGGCGCCAAGGAGGGGCACUACAAGAAGAUCAAAAUGAUGCGCGGCGUGCCGGGCGUGAGGAGCGAACGAUUCGAGGAAGCCAUGCGAAUCAGGCAUUGCGCGCUGAGUCUCGUGGGUGAACCGAUCUUCUAUCCGCGGAUCAACGAGUUCGUCGGCCUCUUACACGGCGAGCGCAUCUCGAGUUUUCUGGUCUGCAAUGCCCAACAUCCGCAGCAACUCAACGACCUGAGACGAGUCACGCAAUUAUACGUGAGCAUUGAUGCAAGCAACCGGGACAGUCUCCGCAAGAUCGACCGUCCUCUGCACCGUGAUUUCUGGGAACGCUUCAACUCGUGUCUGGACAUCUUGCGAGCCAAAAGAUUCGAGCAGCGCACCGUUUUCAGACUGACGCUGGUGAAAGGCUUCAAUGUGGAGGACGAGGUCGAAGGGUACGCAGACCUGGUCGCCAAGGGGCUACCCUGCUUCAUCGAGAUCAAGGGCGUCACGUACUGCGGGACGUCGACUUCCUCUUCAGCCGGUCUCACCAUGCAGAACGUCCCCUUUUACGAGGAGGUCGUCGCCUUUGUGGAAGCCCUGAAUGCCGCUCUCGCGAAGAGAGGUCUCGAAUAUGGCAUCGCGGCCGAGCACGCACACAGCUGUUGCGCGCUGAUUGCGUCGAAGCGCUUUCUGGUGGAUGGCAAAUGGCACACCAUCAUUGACUAUGACAGAUUCUUCGCGUUACUGGAGGGCGGCCAGGAUUUCAAACCAGAGGAUUACUGCAAGGAGACGCCGGAGUGGGCGCUCUGGGGCAACGGCGGGUUCGAUCCCAGAGAUGAACGAGUCGAUAGAAAGGGGAGGCCGAAGGAAGCGAGCAAGACAGAUGAAGUAGCGAAAGGGAGGAAAGCAGGAACAGGAUUAGUCGUGGCCGUGCAGAGCGGCGGCUUGGACUUCUGA